AUGCUCCGGAUCAGGUCCGUCCGGAAUAAAACCGCAUUCGUUACCAAACACACAUGCGUUCUAAACCCUGAACCCCGUAGCUGUAUUCGCGACUGAAAGAUAGACAGCUCCCCAGAGCUCAGCUUAUCGGAUAGGAGAAGCAAGAGCUGACAAAGAUGGAGGCGUUGAAGGCCUGGAGCGCAUCGUCGCACUCUUUCAAGCAUUUCUUUCACCUCGCCUCUGCCACCACCAAGAGAGCCAGGCCCUUGGUGGUGGUCCGGUGUUGUGCUUCCUCCAUCGACCGCAACAGACGCCGACCCUCCUCCUCUCCUUCAUCCUCCACCUCUGACAGAGACGCCAUUCGUGCCAUUCGCCUCAAAAAGGUGGAGGAAUUAAGGACCAAGGGUUGUGAACCUUAUGCAUAUAGGUGGGAUAGGACUCAUACUACAAGACAGUUGCAAGAUAAAUAUAAGAAUCUGGGAAAUGGUGAAGAAUCAUGCAAUGAGGAUGAUUUAGUGUCAAUAGCUGGAAGAAUUGUAGCUCGUAGAGCAUUUGGAAAACUUGCUUUUUUGACUUUAAGAGAUGAUUCCGGGACAAUUCAACUUUACUGCGAGAAGGAAAGGCUUUUAAAUGAUCAAUUUGAGAAGUUGAAGACACUUGUUGAUAUUGGUGAUAUAAUAGGCACGAGUGGCUCAAUAAAGAGGACAGAGAAAGGGGAGCUUUCUGUACGUGUCAAUUCAUUUGCAAUUCUUACAAAAUCUCUACUUCCAUUGCCAGAUAAAUAUCAUGGUCUUACUGAUGUAGAUAAGCGAUAUCGCCAAAGGUAUGUAGAUAUGAUUGCAAAUCCUGAGGUAGCUGAUGUAUUCCGAGCAAGAGCUAAGAUUGUUUCAGAGAUACGCAAGACAAUGGAAUCUUUGGGCUUUAUUGAAGUUGAAACUCCAGUUUUACAGGGAGCAGCUGGUGGAGCAGAAGCUAGGCCUUUUGUUACAUACCAUAAUUCACUUGGAAGGGAUCUUUAUUUGAGAAUUGCGACUGAGCUACACUUAAAGAGAAUGCUGGUUGGGGGCUUUGAAAAAGUUUAUGAGAUAGGCCGCAUAUUCAGAAACGAAGGCAUUUCAACUCGGCAUAAUCCUGAGUUUACCACUAUUGAGAUGUAUGAAGCAUAUUCAGACUAUCAUAGCAUGAUGAACAUGGCAGAGGAAAUUGUUGUUCGAUGUGCUCUUGCUGUUCAUGGAAAGCUCACUGUUAAUUACCAGGGAAUGGAAAUAUGUCUUGAACGGCCUUGGAGGAGGGAAACCAUGCAUAAUCUUGUCAAAGAAUUCACUGGUAUUGACUUCAAUGAGAUAGGAAAUGAUGUUACCAUUGCUAAAGAAGUUGCCAUUAGAGCACUUGGAUCUGACCAUGACAGUAAUGACAAAUCUUCCAUUGAAGCAUGUCCAUCCGUGGGACAUGUCCUUAAUGAGGUUUUUGAGACUGUUGUAGAACCAAAUCUUCUGCAACCUACAUUUGUUUUAGACUAUCCUAUCGAGAUAUCUCCCCUUGCUAAACCACACCGAAGGUAUUCAGGCUUGACUGAGAGGUUUGAACUAUUUAUUUGUGGCCGUGAACUUGCCAAUGCAUUCUCAGAACUGACUGACCCUUUGGAUCAGAGAGAACGCUUGGAAGAGCAAAUUAGGCAGCAUAAUUCUAAGAGACAGCUGAUCUCACAGAUAGAUUCUGCCGAAGAGAAAGGAAAGAAAAGUGACGAUGACUCCUAUGAAGUAACUCUAGAUGAAGAUUUCCUGACGGCCCUGGAAUAUGGAAUGCCUCCAGCAUCAGGAAUGGGACUUGGGAUUGACAGGCUAGUAAUGCUUCUUACCAACUCUGCUAGCAUUCGGGACGUUAUUGCAUUUCCUGUUCUCAAGAUUCAGCAGUAGAGGUUUUUCUUUUUAUUUUGCGAAGUCGGAAGAAUUUUCUUUUCUUGAAAUGCAGAGAACCCCUUUUAUCUUUGGCAUAGGUCGGUGUUGAUUUCUAUAAGGCCAAUUCUUACUUUUGUUCUUUUUAUUUUCUUGGAACAUUUCGAGGAUAAUGUCAUUUGUUAUAGCAAAGAAAAGUAAGCCCUUGAUGCCCAUGUAUAUCAAGAUGGUUACCAUGUAUAAUUGUAAGUAUUUUUAACUAAUUUAUUGUUUAUUAAAGCCUUUUGCUGUG